AUGUCUCACAAGAGCAUGCCCGAGGUGGACCAGGGGGACAGGCAGGUUGAGAUCUGGAAGGUGAAGAAGCUGAUCAAGUCCCUGCAGAAGGCUCGCGGAAAUGGAACGAGCAUGAUCUCGCUGGUUAUUCCGCCGGGUGACCAGAUCGCGAGAGUUGGCAAGAUGCUCGCGGACGAAUACGGCACUGCCACCAACAUCAAGUCCCGGGUAAACAAGCUGUCCGUGCUGUCGGCCAUCACAUCCACACAGCAGAGGCUCAAACUCUACUCUCGAGUGCCCCCGAACGGCCUGGUGAUCUACUGCGGGACGAUCGUAACGGACGAGGGUAAGGAGAAGCGGAUGAACUUGGAUUUCGAGCCGUUCAAGGCCAUCAACACGUCGCUUUACCUGUGCGACAACAAGUUCCACACCGAGGCGUUGGACGAGCUUCUCCAAGACGACGAGAGGUUCGGUUUCAUCGUCAUGGACGGUAACGGGACCCUGUACGGCACUCUACAGGGAAGCACACGAGAUGUCCUGCACAAGUUCAGCGUGGACCUUCCCAAGAAGCACGGCCGUGGUGGGCAGUCCGCACUGCGUUUUGCGCGUCUUCGGCUGGAGAAGCGCCAUAACUACGUCCGGAAGGUGGCGGAGUUCGCCACGCAGUUCUUCAUCACGGACAACAAGUGCAACUGCGCCGGCCUCGUGCUCGCCGGUAGCGCCGAGUUCAAGAACGAGUUGCAGGGAAGCGACUUGUUCGACCCCCGGCUGUUGAAGAACGUGAUCAAGAUGGUGGAUGUGUCGUACGGCGGGGAAGCCGGGUUCAACCAGGCCAUCGAGCUCUCGGCGGAGACUUUGGGAUCGGUCAAGCUCGUGCAGGAGAAGCGACUGCUGCAGAAGUACUUCGACGAGAUCAACCAGGAUACGGGCAAAUACUGCUUCAUGGUGGACGACACCCUCAAGGGGCUAGAUCUGGGGGCGGUGGAGACCCUCAUCGUGUGGGAUAAUCUCGACAUCAACAGGUUGGAAGUACGGAACAACAGCACGGGGGAGGAGAAGGUGCUCCAUCUAACUCCAGAGCAGGAAAACAACGACACCCAUUUCCACGACACGGAGACCGGUGUUGAGCUGGAGGUUACAGACAAGCAGUCUUUGGUGGAGUGGAUUGCCAACAACUACAAGAACUUCGGAGCGGCUUUGGAGUUCAUCACCAACCGAUCUCAAGAGGGGAGCCAGUUCUGCAAGGGGUUCGGCGGUAUCGGCGGCAUCCUUCGCUGGAGGGUGGACUUCGCCGAGAUGGACGAGUCCAACUACGAAGACGUAGAGGACUGGGGCGAGGGCUUCUAAGCGUAGAUAGACCUGUUGUGGUCUUGUGGGUCGAGCUGUUUUCCUUGGCUCGUGUCAUAUCGUGACGCGUCCAUCGCGAAGAGAUCUUGUCGGUGGCUUUGUGGGAGUGGGGCUUUCAACCGCUGCUUGGCUGUCUUGUGGUUUUGCUGCUGCACAGCCUUGAACGGUUGUAUCCUACAGCAGUAAGUAGCAGAUGCACUGCGUGAUGCUUCCUCGUGCUUGAUGGCGAUAGUUGUGGCGCGCGACAAGUAGGGUUCAGCUGCAGAUGUCUGAAACGGUUGGGGGAACCUGGUUUCCGCUUUUUGUCCUCCUCCUCGGCGGCGCCGUAAUUUGCGCGCUAUGUACGGCUUGCUCGCGAGUCGCCUCGCUGCCGUCUUGCUGUAUGCGUGUGCGUUUUCCUGUCUCCGCUCUGCCAUGAUGCCAUCCGAGAAAAUGACGAGUAUAGCUGCGAGUCGCGUCCGCUCCUUGUUUUUUUUUUUUGUGUUUUUGUGUUUUCACCCCCUUUUGUCAUUCUGUCUCAGUCUUAUUUCUCUUCCUUUGUGUUUUGUGUGAGUAUUCCGGUUGGCCAGCGAUCCACCCGGCGCGCAGCACGCGCGUUCGUGUGGAUGACGCUGUGAAAGAAAGAACGGCAGUUCACCACGCCAAGGUCUCCCUCCUUCCAUACCCUCACGAGCAGUGUUACCCCCGCGGAGUUUGUUGUGGAGAUAUCAGGAGAGGACGGCGAGCAUGAGAAACAGUGGGUUCAUGUCGCUCUCUCUCUCUCUCUUUUCCUGCCCCCCACUUGCGUAAUCUGCUUGCUUUUGUUAUUUUGGUUUAGACUUGAUAAUAAUCACUUUGUUCCUUCAAAAGGGGCUGAGUGGCGUGGCGGGGGAGCAAAGAACUAGACGUAGGGCAAUCAAGAUGCGCUGCAGGUU